AUGCUUUGUUGUAAGGGGGGUUGUUGAGCGGUGCUUCCAGUAUGGGUUCAACUGAGGUUCAUGGAUAACAUCCACAUAGGGAUUUCGUGGCUUUUGGGGAUGAUUUUCAACUAAUUUGAAGCCUGCAGAGUCGAGAGAAUUACUACUAUGUCUGAGAACAAUGUACUAAACGGAAUUAUUGAUACAUCUCUGGGACCAAAUAAAACUAGAAUGACAAAGGACGACGACAUAGGGAAGCUUUUUGUGGGAGGAUUAAGCUACGACACCUCAAAAGACAGUUUAAAGUCUUAUUUUUCUAAAUUUGGAGAUGUAGUUGGCGUGGAUAUAAAAUUUGACCCUCUUACAGGCCGACCUAGAGGCUUCGCUUUUGUCCAAUUUAAGGACCAGUCUCAGGCAGACGCGGUUCUCCAAACUGGACCUCACAUUUUAGAUGGACGAACGAUUGAUCCUAAGCAUGCCGCACCCAUAGGAAAGCCUCCACAUCUGAGAGUGAAGAAGAUAUUUGUUGGUGGAUUAAAGCCAGACACUUCAGAUGAUAAAAUAAGAGAUUAUUUUGCAAAAUAUGCACCUGUAAAAGAAAUAGAAUAUAUCACUGAACACUCAAGCAACAAGAGAAGAGGUUUCUGUUUUGUUUCUUUUGAUUCUGAAGAUACUGUAGACAAGAUAUGUGAGACACAGUUCCAUAAUAUUGAUGGGAAUAAGGUUGAAGUCAAACGAGCCCUUCCAAAAGAACUUCAACAGCAACAAGCUGUCCUUAGGGCUGCGGCUGCGACAGGACGUGGAGUUAUUCCAGCCUUAGGAGCCAUUCGUCCAGGAGUAGGGAUUGGUGCUAGCGGCUACCCUUAUACCUUAUAUGGUGGUGGUCUUGGAGCAAGUGCUGCUACUUUUGACCCUGCCUUAUAUGGUGCCUCCUUUGGAGUGGCCAGCUACCCAGGGUACAGCCCCGGGACCUACCCACCGGGGUACCCAGCGGCAGCAGCUGCUGCAUAUGAGUAUGGAACAUAUGGAGCUGUGUCCAGAGCAAGUGACGUUCGAUAUGCAGGUACGAGCUCUCAAGCUAAGGAACUAUUGGCUGCACCGUGAUGUAUAUCUGGGGAAUUAAUUUUACUGCUGUUUGUGUUUUGGUUUUGAGCCGUGUGGCCCUGAAUGGAAUUGUUUUUGCCUUGGUCGUUUUUAUCUUGUUCUUCAUUUAAAUUUACCAGUGGAAAAAAAAAAUUACUGAAGUCCGCGCUGACACCAUUCCAGGGUAGCAUCAGCUUAAUAAAUAAGUAUUAUUUUCAUCCAUCAUUUGCUUUUCUUCUCAUUCGUUUAUUGUUUUCAAAAUAUUUCACUCCAAGCGAGGAGUUUCAUUUAUAUCCAAGGUUCUUAUUUGUUGCAUUGUUCAAAUCUAUUUCAGGACCACUCAGCUUAAAAGCGUUACACUUAAAUGAAAAACCAAUGAGUCGAUACGACAAAUAGAUUCACAAUUUCUUUAUCUGCAUGCCUUUAUUUUACAAUACAUCAUAUGUUUUAUCCAUUAUUUGGGACACAGUAAAACAUAGCAUAGGCCGUUAUGCAUAAACAGUUUAUUCGCGUCAAACAUUUUCCCGCUCAAACUUUUCCCGCUCAAAAUUUUCCCGCCAAAACGUUUUCCCGCUCAAAAUGUUUUUUGUGGAGGAAGUUAAAAAAUUCUCAGUUCACCUAUGCCGUGUCACUGUGUUCCUGACGUGUAUAUAAUAUCAAUGUAUUGCUAUAUUCAUAUUAUUAGCACAUCCAAUAUUGUUAUAUUAUUUGAUUUUGUCAUAGCCGCGCAGUGUACAGAACUGUAGAUACAUAUGUAUUGGCUUUGUUACGUUUUUAUUCUAUUUAUUUCCGAGUUGCUUCUAAGGCCUUUUCAAUUUAGUUUUCCAUCUUUGAAUCUUAUUUCUCCAGCUGGUUGCUGUUAACAAACUCUAAUAAUGUUAUGUGCCUUUAAGACUUGACCCAACCCUGUCCAUCAUGUCUUGCGUGCUUGGUGGUACAUUGGGUAGUUCUCUGAUCGUAAUCUCUUUCUUGACCAGAGAAUUUUGUACUUUCCACUUCAAUUGGUUUAAAUCGUUCACUGUAAUUUUAACCAAACGAUUCCUUAUAGCGCUGCUAAAACUAGCUGUCGUUAAGUCUGAAUGGUUUCUAGUUAAUCUAAGUCACCACUAACAUAAUAUUAGACAUAACACACCUUGGCGCUAAGGUAAGGAGAUUGACAAGAAACUCUCACUCUCCGCUAAUCGUAACCAGUCAAACCCCGGCUAAAGUAUUUAAAGAGUCUUGCAUUUGUCUAUUUGUUGUGUGGUAAAGCUACUGUUAAUGAUGUCUUAUUUUAAAGAAAAUGACGAACCGUCAAGGGUGCAGUUGUAUUGCAGAUAUUUAACCUUUUAGCUAGCUUUUAAAGCCGUAAAUCGGUGUUCUUUUGAACCCUAUUAACCGAUAAGGGUAACCCACUAAGCUCUUAAUAAAUUUUAAUCUUCAAAGAAUAAAAUACUAGAGGUAAUAUUGUUGAAAAUAAAUCCAACGAGAAGAUAAAUAAGUCAUUGAUGGUGAUUAAGAAGUUAAUUCAUGGUAGUAUUUGGUGUUUGAUUUUAAGAAAGGACGAUGACUUUGUUCGCUAAUUGCAAAGAAAGCUUGACAAACUAAUGGCAAGAAGCAGGCCUAAAAAUGUAAUUACACUUUGGCUGAUAAAAAAACAUCUAGCUUUUAACACCAGCAGCCAUAUUUGAAGAGAAUUUAUUGUUUAUAAAACAACGAUAGAAUGUGUAUAAAGAAUUACGAGACAAUAAAGCUAGAAUAGAUCGAAGUUUGAAAUAUGAAAAAAAAAAAAAAAAAAAAAAGUGAGGAAAUCUUCAGAUCAUGGAAGUGAAACAUAUGGUCUCAUGAUAUGCAAAUGACCUCUGACUUGAUACACGGUGCAACAUUGCUUGCAAUUAUAUAUUUUUUCGCAUAAAUUACGAGGACAUAACACCGACAAAAUGAAAUAAGGCGUUUAAAUUGUUAUGUUUCAUGGUAAUGUUGCACCGUAUAUCCGCACCAAUUAUUACGAAAAGAGCUUUUGGAAAAUUAUUUUUAAUAUCGGUAGAAUAUCAUUAAACUGUACACAAAUUCGAUCUAUUCUCCCAGCUUUAGCUAUGCUUGAAAGAUCUGUUGUGUUUUUUCGUAUCAAAGAAUUAGCGAAGUAUGCUGGGAUAAAUCGAGAGAUUUUCUAACUGGCCCACAGGAAGCCCGCGCGGGUUUUCUGGUUCUUUUCUUUGAUACCGAGAAACCAAUGGCAAACUGUACAUCAAUUAUAAAGUUUGUAAAAGAGAAAAAUCCGCAACGUUGUUGUAAACGAUCAAUGACGGAACCAGUUAUUAGCAAGAUUCUUGCCAAGCAAGAGUUAAAGUAUGUGUGGUAUCCAUUCACAUACCAUACGAAAAAAUACCAUGGAAACGACUACCAUGGAAACAGAAUUCCCCGGAUGUGGCGAAAUGAUCAUUCGGAAAUAAAAAGUACACAGACAAUAUCGAAAUGGAAAAAGUGAAAUAAUCACUGGUUAUGAUGCAAGGCCAAAGCCAUCCAACGUCAUCUACAUUCUCCUGGAUUAUUUAUUAGAUAAAUUACCUGACUCGACUUUUAGUUCUAAGAAUGUUAAGCGUAAAUUAAUGUUUUUGUAGGUGAUUUCGGUUGCGUUACACGAUUGUCACGCAAUCUCGUGUUGCGCGCGACUGUAUUGACGAUUUGCGUGACAAAGCCGAAAGUCACAUCUCAGAAUAUCUUACUAUUCGCCGAACAAGGCGAUAUAUCAAAUCACUUCACAGUUAAGACUUACUAGGCCAAAGUUAAAUACCAAUUACGUGAAGCUUUCCUGCAUUUGGGUGUUACCCCACCCUCUCGUUAAAUGUGAAUCAAGUUGUGUCAUUAACAGAGCGCCCGAGUAAAGUUGCCCUUGACACGAGGCAACAACAGAAGCCCGAGUAAACUUGAAUCGAUUCUGUGUUUUCCUUGAACAAACCAUCAGUAGAUUUUUUGAUGUAUUUUCUUGUUUGGCGAUUGAUCGAUAUAUGUAUUUCAACUUAGAUUCAUAGUUUUAGCUCAAAGGCUAUAAAUUGAAAUUUUAGGAUUCGUUCAAUUACUUUUUUCUCCUGGAAGCUGAAUAAUUUUGACUAACUCUAACUACAUGUACCCAGAGCAAAUCGUAAAUCAGAACCUUUAACGACAAGGAAAGAAGCGAAUUACGCACAGACUUAAUUUUUUAUGUUUUUAUAAUGCUUAUCUGCGCAAGCAAACUGACAUUAUUUUGGACCCCACCACCAGAUCCUCAGCAUUUCUAAAAUCGAGGAUGUGAGGAAAUUUUGACAGUCAAAAUUAAUCAGUAUUUUCAGUGAGUCUUUGAAUGAAUACCAAAUUUCUUUGUCCUGCAUUAGUUAUUUAUACUAGAGUGAUGGAACUUCACACGUGAAACAAAUUAUCAUAGUCGAAUCCACGGAAAGACUGCUUAAUUUCAUUGGUUUAGAACUAUCACUCUAAGCAUUAGAUAAAUAGUAUUGUUAGACCUUAAUUAUAACGUUUUGAGUAGAACUACUAUCAAUAUAGCGAUAUAUCCAUUAAUGUUUCUCUGAACUGGAUUGGUGCUUGACUGGCCGCUUUGUUGAAGGUAGGGCAUUUUAGAGUUUUCCAUAUUAACACCUCGGAUUGCUGGGUUUCAAUCAGCUGAAGAAACUCUUUGAAUCUCAUUAUCUGCUCUAAAUGGUUGUCAAACACUGACCACCAUAUGCUGUCAGCCAAAAAAAAUUCUAGUGAAAAGUUGUGAUUCGGCUGCUGAACAUUCUGCACGAGACAGAAAAUGACAUCAAAUGAAAUUGAAAAGUGAAUAUUUCGUGAAAUACAAGUCGUUGAUUGCAAACCCACGUGGUUGAAGUUACACCCACCAUUAAACCGGUCAGUCAAGUCAAAUCUGGUUUGACUAGAAUAGAUCAAAAUAUAUUUUCGUAGACCCGUGAUGGACCAUAAUAUGACUCACAGGUGUUGGUAGGCAGAUGCGCAUGCGUAGUGAGCACCUGGAUUUUGAACUGUUAUUUCCAGUACUCUCCUCCAGCCACGGCGGAGGAGGCCUUGAACGAGCUGUUAUGCUCUGUGAAGCCGAAAUUUGCGGUCAAUAUUUUCCUGUUGUAGUUUUUCCAGACAUGCACACGUGCAUUAUAUUUAAUAGAGAGUUGUAGACCCUGAAUAAAAAGUUGUAUUUUAUUACAACGGCGUGUUCA